AACAGACGAGGAAAUUUAAACGACAUUUGGUCUGGAAAUGGCGAAGUUCAAUGUGAAAAGAAGAAAUGUGCAAAUUUAGAUGGAUGCCAUGCUAUCUUAUUUGACGGUCCGAACAAAAAAUGCUGCGAUGUUUGCAAAGGUUGUCGAUUAAACGGUAUUAGCCAUGAUAGUGGUAAAGCGUGGCUUGAUAAACGAGACAGGUGUACUUCUUAUUCUUGUCGGGCUGGUGUUAUAACUAAAUCAAAAGUGCAAUGUCACGUCCCGUGUACCAAUCCAAUUCAAAGGAAAAGACAGUGCUGUCCAUCAUGCAAAGGUUGUUACUUUGAUGGAGUCGAGAGAAAAAAUGGCCAAAAGUUUGCCCUAGCAACCGACCCCUGCGUACAGUGCAAGUGCAGGAAAGGAAGCGUGACUUGUAUGAAAAGAGCCUGUCCAGUCUUAAACUGCCCGGAUGAAGUUAUUUAUCAACCCAAGGGAGAAUGCUGUCCCCGCUGUAAAGGAAUGAGAAAAAUAUUUGAUUUUGCUGGAGCGUGUUAUUUUGCCAAACGUGUUUAUACUGACGGUUUUUCAUUUGUACCAAAACCAACUACAAGGUGUACUUGUUCGAAAGGAACAGUGAUGUGCGAAAAAGCCACAUGUCCGCCAUUAGACUGUCCACUCGAUGAACGAAAACAGCAAGGAAAUUGUCAGGUCUGUGAGCCAAAAAGAGACUGCAUUUACCAAGAAAAAACACAUAAGCAUCGAUCUUCAUGGCAAUCCAAUAUGUGCACACAUUGCUCCUGCAAAGAUGGCGUCACCUACUGUCAACGUGAAAGAUGCAGCAACUCCCUCUGGUGUCCAGCUGGAUAUAAACUCAAAUUCAUGCCUGGUGCUUGCUGUCCUAAAUGUGUAGAACAAGAUGCCGUAUGUACAGUGUUCGGAGAUCCCCAUUACAGAAGCUUUGAUGGAAAGAUGUACAAUUUCCAGGGAACUUGUAAAUAUCUACUCACCCAAGAUUGCCAUAAUAAAGACUUUACCAUUAAAGUUAAGAACGGAGUUCGGCUAUCCAGUGGUUUUGCCUGGACACAGAUGGUGGUUAUUUUAAUGGGCGACAUACGAGUCAGUCUCCGUCAGAACCUUGUGGUAAAGAUCAACAGAAAGAGAACCCAACUCCCAUAUUCUGUUCCAGGAAAAUUCAACAUUCGACGUGAUGGACAUUCCGUAACAUUCAAAGCUGACAUCGGUUUAAAGGUCGUAUGGGAUGGAGAUAGCUUCCUGGAAGUGACUGCAAGCAGCAAGUACAAGAAUCGUCUAUGUGGAUUAUGUGGUAACUACAACGGUUUAGAAACGGACGAUUUAAUUGGACGAGACCAGAAGACCUACUACAAGGGUGAAGAGUUCGGAAAUUCGUGGAGAAUAGGAAGCAAGAAAGCCUGUCAGAAAGAACCUAAAAUGAAAAAUCUUGAAUCAAUCUGUGAUAAAGACUUUCAAGCUAAAGUUAGAGCAAAUCGAGAAUGUAGUGUCCUGUAUUCCAGAACCUUCUCCGCCUGUCGACAGAAAGUCGAUGUCCAACCCUACGUCACUUCCUGUGUUACCGAUAUGUGUGAUUGUCCUAAUGGCCGACAAUGCGCCUGUGAGUCUAUUCAAGCCUAUGCCCAUGAAUGUAAAAGAGCUGGUUAUAACGUCAAAUGGGAGAAAGUUUCAAACUGUAAAGCGCCAGAAAAGACGUGUCCCAAAGGUGCCGUUCACUCCUUGUGUUCCCCGGCUUGUCCAAGAACCUGCAGCGAUGCCAAGAAAGGCGGUGAAUGUUCCAAGAAAUGUGUCCCUGGAUGCGUGUGUAAGGGUGGUUUAGUUCUACACAACAACAAAUGCAUAACUCCAGAGAAGUGCCCAAAGAAAUAGGAGAGCAUUGAACAGUAUGCCCGAGUUGGUGUGGAUUAUACCAAUAAAUUCUCCUAAGGCUUCCCAAUAGGCGCGGUAGAAGAAGGCCGAGUGAUUUUGCGAAAGGUGGCCAAGUGUCAGACGAAAUGAUAGUGCUCAAACGGUCAUGUGGAAUCAUUGAUGAUUUACAGAGAUCGGUCUUAGCGAUUGAUGUUGAUUUGGGAAUAUAAAAGAGGCUAAGGGUCGCGUACAAAACCGUAUACAUCAUAGUGCUACGCUUUGUCAGUAAUUGGUUAAUAAAUACGCUGAAAGUGAAACGAAAGUACCAACCAGUCGUUUCUGGUUACGACAUUAUAAUUAUUCCUGAUAGUGGCUGUCGUUACAUAUCAAAAACAUGCCAAAGAGUAGAAAUAUGUUUGAAUAAUGCUCUCGAUUACCAUAAACAAGUGUUUUUAUCCUUAGUAAACUGUGACUUAUCUCCCUUGAACAGUAAAGUUUGCAUUCUACCUCGAUGUAUGAUUAAAUAUUAGUGCUCAAAGUUUGCUGAAUCAAACUUUCAUUAAAUAAAGUGUGCAAUAUUAAGAAACUUUAUACUUGUUCAAGUAAACUUAUUAUUAUCGCGUUUCAAGUUCUAAGUGAACGCACACGUACCGUUAUUUUCUCCUAUACUAUUGAUAUUAGUAAAAACUGUUCUUUGUUAACGCAUCAAUUAAAGUGACAAUCUCGUGUUAAAAUAAAAGCAAUAGUUCGGUCCACUAACCUGCAUUUUAUUUACUAUAUGAAUCCUACAAUGAUAUUAAUGUUCAGAUAUGUGAUAUUCUAUCUCAAAUACUUAUAUUGGCAUAAUAAGUCUUAUAAUGUGAUAAUGUGAUAAACCCGAAAACUCUGUAUGUUUAAUUUAAACAUAAACUGAUUAAGACCUACAUCAUAUUUCGUUUCGUGUUUUUUGAAAGUUCGAAUUUCUUUGUAAUAGUUGAGAGUUUAUACAAAAGAUUAAUUUUUUAAAAAAUACGAAACGAAAUUUAAUUUUCUUUACAUUCAGAUGGGUUUACGCAACCAGCGAUCAAUUAUUUCUCGAAUGUAUUUCAGUAAAACAGGUGCUAUAAAUAUUAUGAUGCAAAUGUAUGUAUUAUGUGAGGAUGUUUUGUAUUAUAUUAUCCUAGUAUUUAAUAUUUAAUUAUUUAUAUAAUUUGCAAUAUUUAUAGUUAUAUUAUUGUACAUAUAAAUGCA